AUGGCAAACCCCCAAGAAUCCCCCCAUAUCCUCAUCCUAGGUGCUGGCGUAAUCGGCCUAACAACCUCCCUCGUCCUCUCCCACACCUACCCCACGGCCAAAAUCACAAUCGCCGCAAAGCACUUCCCCGGCGACCGCUCCAUAGAAUACACGUCGCCCUGGGCGGGCGCAAACUGGUCCUCCAUGGCCACAGACAACGGACCGCUUGAAAAAUACGACCAAGUAACGUUCCGCCGCUUUGGCGAGCUAAUCGACGGCAAGGCCGUGUUUGGCUGCCAAGCCACCACACCCGGCGAAGUCAAGAACGUCGCUGGGAGCGAUGGCGGGAAUGAAACGGGGCUGGGACGGAUGGGCAUGUGGGCAGUAUUCGACACGCCGAUUGAAGAAGCGGGAAUCCUGAGUCAAGAGACAGGAAAAGUGUGGUAUGACGAACUAGUCGGCGGCUUAAAACCACUAGGAGACAAAGAUUUACCCAAAGAUGCCGUGUUUGGGAUUGAAAUACCACAGACUUUUCGCAUUAAUACUCAGGUUUAUUUGCAAUGGUUACAACACCAGGCCCUAGCCAAAGGCAUCACUUUACUCCGUCGACAGUACCCAUCUGUUUCUUCGCUGCUGGAAGAUGUACCAUCCGCGACCCUCGUCGUCAACGCCACAGGCCUCGGUUCCUUGUCUCUAACCGACAUCCGCGAUGCGAAUCUGUACCCGACCCGCGGCCAGACGCUGCUAGUCGCAGAGCCCAAAGUCCCGAUUGAAAGAAUGUAUGAAUUUGAGAGGCUGGGGUACCUUCGCUCACCCCACCGCAUCGAUCCGACUUGCACGUACGUCUUCCCCCGGCCAUUGGGCGGCGGUGUUAUUCUAGGAGGCUCCCGCCAAGACAACGAUUGGAGUGCUGAGUGGGACGAGGAGCUUGGGCGGGAUAUAUUGAGGCGGUGCUGUGAGUUGUGUCCGCAACUCGGGAAGCCUGAAGAGGUGCAGGUUUUGGCGAAGAAUGUGGGAUUGAGACCGUCGAGGAAGGGAGGCGUGAGGAUUGAGACCGAGGUAGGCAAGUGGAAAGUGCCUGUUGUACAUUGUUAUGGGCAUGCUGGGGCGGGGUAUCAGGCCUCUUGGGGGUCUGCUGAACGCGUGUUGGAGCUUGUGAAAAAGGUACUUGAACCAGGCGCAAAGCUUUGAAGUUCUGAAGUGAAAUUCCCGAACCAUAUAUUAAAUUUGGAUUACU